AUGUCGAGUGUCUCACAUCAAUACCAGUACCAGCACCAGCACUACCGGCAGGAGAAUUGCCCCGGGAUCAUCGAGCGUGCCUUUGACCCUUAUGCCACCACAUCGAGUCCCGGACUGGCUGCCUGGAGGGAGCACGAUGGAGAAGGGUUUAAGGAUACAGAGUCAGCAGGGUCAGGGACAAGACCAGGGUCAAGACCAGGACUGGUACAGCGAGCAGAGAGCUGUGCAUCCGAUCUUACCGGUGGCUACAGCAUAAACCGGACGGGGCGUCUGGAUGAAGAGAGCGACGGUGAAGUGCCAGUCAAGGAGCACAAAGUACGGCCACGUCUUUCUUCUCCUUUCCUUCGACACUCAUCCAAGAAGGUACCUUUGUCAAAUUCGAAACAGGAAGCUCUGCGGCCUUCCGAUUCACCAUCCACCUCGCGGCCCUUCAAUAGAUCUCAAAACUCGUCCACCACCCGGCUGUACAACACAGACACAAGCCCAUCUCAGGGCCUUACCUUACGAGACUAUCACGCAGUCGGCAGCCGGUCUACAACUGACCUGCCUACGGAUCAUGACCCAGGCUUGACCGUACAGCAGGGAAAGAAACAAAAGCAUCGGCCACCCAUGAUUGAUCUAUCUAAACUCUUCCCCAGGCAGCGCAAGGUAUCUGGUCCCUGUCCUCAAUCCCCUGACCAGAUGACCUCUCCUCCUUCCGUUCGGUCAAACGAGUCUGAUGUUACUGUCUACAAGACGCACAAGUUUGACCGGGCUCAACGUGCCCUCAAUCGGCUAACCAAAUCACCAAACCCAAAGAGACCAAGCACAAUGCAGUCGGAGUACCGGCAGAAUGGCGAGUUGCUACCUGUCCAGGAGCCACUAGACAGAUACCAGCCUUCUUCGCCCCUCCAGGAUCUCUUUAAACACCAGAAGGACCGGAAUCAUCAGCCACAACAUCAAGAGAAGGUGAAGGAGAAACAGGCAGAGUCUCCGGGAGAACGACUCACCAGCCAAAAGUAUGAAGGCUGGAGUGACCCUAAUUCUAACCGAAAGAAAGUGAGCUCGGCCUGGUUUGACGGAUCUGACAGUCAACUAGGAAAUGACGACGAGGGGAUUCGCCCAGGGGACGAGGUCGAGAUCAUGUAUGGACAGUUAUUGUCACGAGAUCAACAGCCUCGCACGAGAAACAGACGGUCAAUGAGUCUGCCCUCUCGUCAACCUAGCGUACAGUCCGGGAAAAUAGGCUAUACUGGCCUAGGGUUGCCGAAUGCCUCUCAUGGCACACCGCAGAAGCCCAAGUCUUCGGCAGGACCAGUGAAGUCGGCUUCUUCAAACUCAUCCAGCUCCCAGCUCACGGGCAGCACUGAGCCAGUAAGGAAGCCAACCAAGGACAAACCAAAGAUACGAAAGAAGAGCAGCCGGGCAAUCUUGAAUUCGUCAAACCUGAACGAGUCAAGCGUGCUCUGUCUUUCCUCUUCCGAGGAUGAGAGCGAGGAUGAACCUUCUGGCCACACCAGGCUAAGGGACAGCAUUACUACAAUUGACGAGGGUUUCCAGAUAUGCACUGCCAAAACAGCCACAGCUACCAGUCGGCCGUCCAUCAAACGAGUCCGUUCCAGCUCUAAAAAGCGAGUAGCCAGAGGCGUGGCAAGCACCACCAGAUCACAAAACGGUGAUAGCUCAAGGCCCUCUAGUCUUCACCCGUCAACUGCUAGUGUGACGGAGUCGAAUUGCUCUAGUACCCCUACCCUCCCUGAGCGGUUGCCCGCAUCGCCCCCGAAACUGCCCCGUAUACAGACCCAAUUCUCGCCGGUCGACAGUCAGCUCUCCCAACCAGGAAACAGAAGAAGCCGAGUAAUAGCAGUAACCCGACAGGAGGAAUAUCUUCUGGAGUUGAUAAGACGGAACAAGGGUGUCACGCCGCAACCGUUUUCUCCUGACGGUAGCGCAUCAACCCACACCAGAGAAUGGGCCAAGGCCGUCGCUAUCCAGUUGAACCGACGAAGUAACUCCAGCUAUAGCUCGGAUACAUCAUUCUUACGACUCAGUCCUGCUCUUCCUCCAACCCCCCAUCAGAAGAAGGUACCUCGAUCUAUACCAACCCCUACCACUGCCGGAGAUGCAGCCAGUGCGCGAUCAGUUCCGCAAAGUGCAUUUUCGGAUACCAGCUUCCAUACCGGCUUACAGAGCCCUCCCCUCCCCAAAAUUAGCCUGACGAAUUCUACCGUCUCCUUCCCCUCGCCGCCAUCCGGCCAAUCCUCGCCUUUUACACCUCCUGCCAUACCGCUCAAGCAUCGUCGCCAUUCCUCUCGCCUGUCACACGCCCCGUCAAUGCCAUCGGUGAGGGAAAGCCUGAGGAACAGGGCCAACACGAGUGCUUUAUACGACGACAACGACGAAGUCGAAAAAGACAUCCAGACGAACCCGGAUCUCCCGAUAUGGGCACUGGGCUGGAACAGCGAUGCCACUGGCGUUGCCAUCGUUCAUUAA